AUGGAUCAUCCACGGGGACCCAAGAAGCCUCUGUCGGGGAGGAGAGCCAGGUCUCUGGAGAGGUCACACAGCCCCAAGAAGGACUCAGAGUCAUGGAACUGCAAGGGCCUUUCCCUGCCCAUGUCCACUCCCCUCUCCAAGAGGGUGCUUCACCAGACAGCCAGCGAUGGGACCAGAUGUCCCCAGAGCCCAGCUCAUGGCCAUGGUGCCCUGAGCCUGGAGGAGACCAAGAAGUUUCUCUCCAGUGACCAGAGGCCUCCGCAGGACACCAAGAAGGACAAGGCCCAGAAGCGGGGCCAGCAGGGGUGGCUGAAGACCAUCAUAAACUUCUUUCUGAGGACAGGCCCUGAGGAGCCCAAAGACAAGGCCAGCCGGAAGGCAAAGGGGAAAGAAGGCCUCCCCAAGUCUGCAGAAACCCCGGAAGCACCAGGGGACACAGCUCCCAGGAAGAAAGCCCACGACAAGAAGGCCAGCCGCAAGAAACACAGUCACAAGAAACAUGUUGCUGAAGAAACCAAGGGGGCCCAAGAUCAUGAGGCCGAAGGCCAAGAGACAGGGUUGCCCAACCUGGCUGCUACCCCAUGCUCCAAGGAGGCUGACCGGAGCCCAGCACCCAAGGGUGAGCAGACCGUGCCUGGUGGAGAAGGUUCUGAUCUUCCCCAGUCCUUGUGCAUUGAGGAUGGGGGUCCUGGAGCAGAAGAAAUUUCUCCUCAAGCCACAGGUCACCGGUGGGGAGAAGACCUCAAAAACACUGACAAGGAUACAAUCAUCAGGAUGAUAGUGGAAUUUCUCCAAAGAGUGGGAGACCAGUGGGAGGAAGAGCAGGUUCAAGCUCCUCAGCUGGUGUUGGUGCCGCAGAACUCAGCGCCAGCUGUCAGGAAGAAAUCCCAAGAGAAAAAGUCUAACUUCAAGAGAGCCUUUUCUCACAAGAAACAUAGCUCGGAGGAGCCUAAGAGAGCGGGGCCUGGAGAGGUUUCCAGCCCAGAGUCCCGGCCACUCAAGAGGCCCAGCUUUCUGCCCCUGUGUGUGGGGGGCCAUCAGCCCUCCACCUCUAGCAGCCCUGGCUUGGAGGAACAUAACAUACAAGAGGCCGCAUCCACAGACAGUGGGGGUCCAAGUCCCUUCGAGCUUUCCCCCCAAGCAGGAGGUCAGGAGCCAGAAGAGGACGUGCAGACCAACACAGCCUUGGAAUUCAAAGAAUUCAUCCAGAAGAUCAUUGCCCUACUCCCGGAUGCAGAGGAGCAGUGGGGAGUGAAGCAGCUUCAAGUCCAGGAACCAGAGGUGGCUGUAGAAAACCUGUCCCUACCCUACAGAAGGAAAUCCCACGAGAAAAAGAGCAGCUUCAGAAAAGCCUUUUCUCAUAAGAAACAUGGCUCCAAGGACCAGAAGAGAGCUGGGGCUGCAGGUGCCACCAGCCCAGAGUCCCGGCCGCACAAGAGGCCCAGCUUUCUGCCCCUGUGUGUGGGAGGCCAUCAGCCCUCCACCUCCAGCAGCCUUGAUCUGGACGGCGUCGAGUUCCAGGAGUCCUUGCCCACCGAAGGGACACCUGUUGGGCCCUCAGAUGCACCCUCCCAGACCAGAGGCCAUAAGCCAGAGGAGGGACCACAGCCAGAUGAAGUGUUUGAAUCCAAGGAGGUGAUCAUUCAGAGGCUGGCGGACCUUCUCCAGGAAGUGGAUGGCCAGUUAGGGGAGCAGAUCAAGCGACACCCCAGCUUUAAGAGGUUUUUAUACAGGCUCUCAGACUCCUCCCUCAGGAAGCUGGCAGCCACCCUACACAGCCAGCAGGCCCACUCUACGGAGUCGGACAGGAAGCUAAUUAAGGGACCCUACCACUUUGCCUUUGGCUUGCCUAACAAAUUUGCUGGCAACAACAGCCACGCCGUCCUCAGCCUCAUGGGCCUGCGCUACAGCCAACACAGCUACUCCCACUUCCCCUGUCGGCAGGCCCAGCAGGUGAGAACAAGCGACACCCAGCUCAAGAUCCCAACAGGACUGGCAUACUGUCCUCUCCCCUCCUCUGCUGAGUUCUUGACUUUUGGGGUCUAG